GCAGUUCUGCUCGAGACCACGAGAACCCGCGAUAUAUCACCUGAAAUCAUGGCGUUGCUUAUGAGGUUGGCUACGCGCCAGGCGCUGUUGAGGCAUGUGCGCCCAUCGUCUAUCCUGAUGAAAGCCGCGGCGCCAAUGGCGACCUCGCCAUCGGAGCAGGCGAAGGCAUACUGGGAAAAGAACAAGGAGCUUGGGAGACCGGUGGCUCCCCAUUUAACCAUCUACAAGAUCGACUGGCACACACUACUCUCGGGUACUCAUCGGCUUACCGGAUUCAUCAUGUACACUGGUCUGGCAGCGAUUGCUGCUGCCACCCUGAUAGUACCCGCUUCUUAUCCCGCGUGGAUAGCAGCCAUCAAGACUUGGCCGAUCGCCAUACCUGCCAUCAUCUAUCCAGCGAAGGUCGGGGCCGCGUUCACCGUCUUCUACCAUCUCCUCAACGGCAUUCGGCACAUUGCAUGGGAUUUCGGAAAGGGAUUCGCAAUGAAGGACAUCAACAGGAGCGGAUAUGUUGCCAUGGGUCUCGCGCUCAUCCUAGCAGUGUUUGCGGCCACCAUUGUUCCUUCCAGCUAAGCUAGGUGGCGCUGGACCGCCCGUGUACGUACCUGGUGGCGCCGUGGCGAAUCUUACUGACAUGUGAUGGUAGAUAGUUUCCACUUCGAGGGCAGGCAAAGUAGAAAUUCCCGCAUCUGUCUAUGCAUAGUUAAUAUCAGCCAGUAUAUUCAGUAGUUCAGUGGUCGGUCACCCAUCUUGCUGUCUUGGUGUCGUGCCACAUCUAAGAAAGUUGCUGUAGUUCUCAUGAAAACCUAGUUGACUUAUCAGAGAUGUGUGUGCCCCAGCGGAAACGGACAAUCACUAUCGUGUGUAGUUUAUCUGUUGAUCAUCUAUUUGUCAUGACAGUAUCUAUUGAUUUUUGUUUUGCAUAGUUGGUGCAAUAGACACAUACCCGUUGGUUUCAUGUCUGUAUGGCCAUUCUGAACUGUCAUGUCGGAACAGCAGUUCACGUAAUCUAUACUCUAUACUGUUGGAAUUAGUUACAAACUUUUACAAUUAGCUGUGCUAGAACUUAACGUAUUCACACGAGAAUUUCCCGCUGCUGUAAUAGAUGUGGUUGUUUUUAUUGUGCAUAUUUAUUACAAAGGAUUGGUGUUGUAACAUAUUUCAGGUGGUCAGAGUUUAGAUGCUAGUCAUUGUGUUUCUCAAUACAUGAUAUGAUUGAGUUAUUCUGGAGAAGACCACGCCUGCUAUUCACAAUUUAUGCCGGUAACAGUUAUUUUGAAAACGUACGCAUUACUAUCACCGAUUAAUAAAUAAGAUCUGUACACUGUUA